UAACUUCUUUAAAACAGAGCUAAGUGACACCACCCUCCCAUACCACCGGAGGAAACUUAAACCACCACCAGGUCACUCCCCUUCACUACAGCUCCGCACUCCGGCACAGCAGCGCCGCAGUCCCCCACGCUCCUGCUUCCACAGGUGCCAGCACCGCACGAUUUCUCUGCACUGGUGUCACCACCUAGGAAGGAUCCAAGAUGUUGGUACUACUGGCUGGUAUCUUUGUGGUUCACAUUGCCACCGUCGUCAUGCUCUUCGUCUCCACCAUUGCCAACGUUUGGAUGGUGGGUAGGAAUUCCACUGGAAAUGCCUCCUGGGGACUCUGGAUGUGGUGCAACAACACCUGUGAGUCGCUGUCACCCAGUGGGGGCAAUGCUGCUUCCCUCAAAGCAGCGCAAGCCUUCAUGAUCCUCUCAAUCAUUUUCUCCGUCAUCGCUCUUGUUACAUUCAUUGUCCAGCUGUUCACCCUGGAGAAAGGCAAACGUUUCUACAUCACUGGAGCCAUCACGCUGGUUUGCUGGAUCUGCAUUCUGAUUGGAGUCUCCAUUUACACAGCUCGAUUCACAAAAAAUCAGUCUGUGAUCCAGGCAGGAGAGGUGACAAAUGCUCACCACGGCUACAGCUUCAUAUUGGCCUGGAUCUGCUUUUGCUUCAGUUUUGUCACUGGCAUCCUCUACCUUGUUCUUAGGAAAAAAUAAGGUCGAUGAGAGUCCUGGGGAGAGGGUUGGCUGCUGGGAAUGGGGAACAAUUGCUCUGCCGAGAGAACUUUUGGAUAAAUAGAAAGAACAGGAACAGUCACCAUCACCACUACUGCCACCACCAUUACAAAACAACAAAACUAGAAUCUUCAGAAACUCAUUCACCAAAGAGCAGGAGGAACAGAACUGACUGAUCUCUCAUUCCUGGGGCUGCUACACCAGAAAUCUGCAAGUGACCCAGACAGCUGUUCUCCUUUUCUAUCAUAACUUCACAAACAUUCAAGCCCAGCAGUGAUGACUGAAGAGCACCGAAAAAAUGAGGGCUACAUCUUUUUCCCUGUCUAGAGCCCUUCCCACUUGCCUUUCAGUGUGCCUGGUGGGUUGGGCAUUCAGGCUUACAACUCCCUUUUUUGUCUAUUGAAACAAAUGGGAUGGGACUUUUGUUACGUUUAUAUAUAUAUACAUAUAUAUAUAUAUGUAUGCACAUAUAUGAAAGACAUUACAUUGAGAAACAACCCAAUAGAAAUCAGAUUAAAUUAGUAUUAAAAAUACUACGGGAACAAGGCAGCUAUUUUUUUUUUUUUUUUUUUUUAGUUUUUAUUUUUUUGCUGUUCUGUUUCCUAUUUGACAUUCCCAUGGUUGAAUCAAAUACUGGUAUGAAGGGCAAGUAUACAAAUAUACAAGCAUGGAGGAUGGAGAGAAAGAGAGAGAAAGAGAGAGGGCGGGAGACAUACACAGGGGUUCCUAAAAAUAGAGAGCGCAGUUGCUCAAUGAUGCACGUGCAGGGAGGGAAUCCUUUGGGUGUGUGUCUGCACUAAAAUCUUCUGUUCAGCUCUAGUACAUAGCAACAGCACUGCAACAAAUGUAGGCUUUUUUUUUUUUUUUUUUCACAUGAACACUCAGGACAUGGUAUGAAUUGGGAGCCCCACCUUGUGACACAGCUCAUCUCAAUUGCAGAUGCUACACGUUAGUAGAGGAAAUGUAUUCCCUUAUGAGAGACUUGGAGAGAUGAGACAGGACUUGUGAGUUCUGCUCCGUGCUGCACAACUUUAGGCCAGUCACUUAAUCUGGUGCUUUUCCAUCCUCCUAGACCUACCUCCUAUGGUUGCUGAGAGAUUUGGAGAACGCUCUCUGAUUCAAGGUCCCCAUGUGAAAGGCUGGCAGAGGAUAGUCAGGCAUUGUUAGUGCUGCAACCAAUGCAUUUCUGUCACUUUGAAGAACCUCAGUCAUGAGUGGAAUUCAUAACGGACAAGAGGUUGAAAUUUCCUGUGGCUCCAUCCAUAACAGAAAGGCAGAGAGUUCAAAAAACGUACAGGUGCAGUUUGUGCUCAGAUACAAUUGUCUCUCUCUCUCUCUCCCUCUCUCUUUCUGUUACAUUUUCUUCUCAUGUAUACUUUAUCAAUUUGGUGGAUUUACUCUAGUACUGUAUGUUGGUGUUUCAUUAACAAAGGUUAUUUCAUAUAUAGUCAUUGUAAAUAUUUUGAAAUGCAUAUUUUUAACUUUAAGGGUAUAAAAAUAAAAUCUGAUUCCCUUUAUUAUAAA